CAACUUUUAAAGAAAAAAAAAAAAGAACGAAGGAAGAAGAAAAAUACCCAAAUUCCUACAAUCAUUUCCGCCGAAUUAAAUUAGGGCUUCCUCACACAUUUUCCGUCGGAGAAACAAUCUGAACCAAAACGCCGGCGAGAUGAAUCUCCCCCCUCCUCAGAAACGGAAACGGUCUUCCUCUCCUCCGCCGCCGUCGUUUCCACUCUCCGCCGCCCCCAUAGACCUCUCCCUCCUCGAGGCCAUCGAGAAAUCCCAGAUAAAAGUUAUCGAAACCCUCGACUUGAAAACCCUGAAGAAGCUCGCUCUCUCCCUGGAGCGCCGCCUCAACUCCAACACCGCCGCCCGCCUCAAGUACCCAGACAAUCCCGACAAAUUCGCCGACUCCGAACUCGAGCUGCACGAUGAGCUCCAGCAGCUGAAAAUCCUCGCAGGGGCGCCGGAGCUCUACCCUGACCUCGUCAGCAUCGGAACCGUCAACUCGAUCACCGGUCUCCUCAACCACGACAACACCGACAUUGCCAUUGAUGCCGUCACCCUCUUACAGGACCUCACCGAUGCUGACGUCAUCGAGGAUAAUGAAGAUUCGGCUCUGGUUCUCGUCGACGCCCUCGUGGAGAACAGUGCGGUGGAAUUGCUUGUCCAGAAUUUAUCCAGGUUGAGCGACUCCGAUCCAGAUGAAUCCGCAGCAAUUUACAACACGCUCUCCACCAUCGAGAAUCUCAUCGAGGUGAAGCCUUCUGUUUCCGAGCUCGUCUGCGAGAAGACCAAGUUGUUGAAAUGGCUUCAGGCUCGAAUCAAGGUUCGCGAGUUCGAUAGUAACAAGCAGUACGCUUCUGAAAUCCUGGCGAUUUUGUUGCAGAACAGUGCGGCUAAUCAGAAGAGGUUCGGUCAGAUGAAUGGCGUGGAUACUUUGUUGCAGGCUGUGGCGAUGUACAAAUCGAAGGACCCGAAAACAGGGGAUGAAGAGGAGAUGGUGGAAAAUUUGUUCGAUUGUUUGUGUUGCGUGUUGAUGCCGUUGGAAAAUAAGGAGAGGUUUGUGAAGGCGGAAGGGGUUGAGUUGAUGAUUAUUAUUAUGAAUCAGAAGAAAUUGUGUUACGGGUCCGCUAUUAAGGCUUUAGAUUUUGCCAUGACGAGUUAUCCGCCAGCUUGCGAGCGGUUUGUUGAUGUAAUGGGGUUAAAGACGGCAUUCCCUGCUUUUAUGGGUAAGGUACCUCUCAGCAAGAAGAACAAGAAAAAGUUCCAGAAAGAAGAAUUCGAAGAGGGUCUCAUAUCACUAAUUGCAUCACUAUUUGGUGGAAUUUUGAGGGGUUCUAGAAGGGAAAGAUUGUUAAGUAAAUUUGUGGAGAACGAGUGCGAAAAGAUUGAUCGACUAAUGGAACUAUACAUGAGGUAUUCCAACAGAGUAAGAGCUGAGACUGAAAGGAUUGAUCAGAUUGAAUUUGAUGAUCUCGAGCUUGAUGAAGAUGAGAAAUAUAAUAGGAAGCUAGACUCUGGACUUUAUACACUCCAGUUAAUUGCUGUUAUUCUGGGACAUCUUUGGACCUCCGAGCAUACUCGGAUGAGAGCAAGAAUUGAACUGUUAUUGAAGCAGCAGAAGCUAACUAAGAAGGACGUUAAGGAUGUACUUCAGGAAUAUCAUGACAAUAUUGGCGAUCUUGAUGGGCCGGAAGAGAGAGAAAGGGCGCAGUCAAGGAUCUUAAAGUUCAUUUCUGCUUUAGCAUGAAAGUAUAGAGUUUUACUCGUAUGAAUAUGACGAGGAUAUGAUAUUUUGAUAGUGUUGUCGAUCGUGCUUUGGCAUAUUGUACUUUGUUCAUCGUAAGGAGGUCAGGUUGAUGUUAAUUACUGUUGAAGCUUAUUUUAGGGAUUUCUAUGAGUUGUACUAUUUGUCUAUUUCCACCUGCAAAAACUCUUUCUUCACCAC